GAAUCUAAGCAGUUUUAUGGGCCUCAUCUGAAUAAAUUUGACAAAUUAAUUGCAACAAAUUAGCAAGUCUUGGGCGAUGAAGGAUAAGAAGAGAAGUGUAAAUUAGAAACUAGAAGAAGCAGAAGAUGACGAUGUUGAAUACAACAAGAGCAACAUCAUUAGAUAUAUAUCAUUUUCCCAAUUUCUCAAAACCCCGUCUUGCUGUUUCUUCUAAAACCCUUUUCUUUAAUUCCCCAUUUCAAUCUUUUUCUCGACAUGUUUUUGCUAAAUCUUCACUACCCUUUAACCCCAGGUUGCUUAAAGUUAGAGCUUUUGAUUCCAACCCAGCUAAACCCCAGGAACAAGACACUGAGUCAGCUCAGCUGUUUGAGAAUUUGAAGGAAGCAGAACGAGAAAGGAUUAAUAAAUUAGAAGAACUUGAAAGGAAAGCAAAUGUUCAGUUAGAAAGGCAACUUGUCAUGGCUUCCGACUGGAGCAGGGCGUUGUUAACCAUGCGGGGAAAAUUGAAAGGAACAGAGUGGGACCCUGAAACUUCACAUAAGAUAAACUAUAGUGAAUUCAAGAGACUUCUUGAGACAAACAAUGUGCAGUAUAUGGAGUACUCAAACUAUGGACAGUCAGUAUCAGUGAUCCUUCCAUAUUACAAAGAUGAAAAGUCUCAAGGGUCAGGAGGUGAUUCGAGAAAGGAAAUUGUCUUCCGUCGUCAUGUAGUUGAUCGAAUGCCAAUUGAUGCUUGGAGUGAUGUUUGGGGGAAGUUGCAUCAGCAGCUUGUAAAUGUCGACGUCUAUCAUAUUGGCACAGUUCCUGCAGAAGUGUAUACUAGUGUGGCAACUGCAGUAGUGUGGGGCAUGCGACUUGCACUUGCCAUUGGAGUGUAUAUAUGGAUUGAUAAUAGGAUGAGACCGAUUUAUGCAAAGCUGAUACCUUGUGACCUGGGAACCCCUCCCACAAAGACGAGGCAGCCACUUAAACGCAAGGCCCUUGGAUCAUUAGGGAAGAGCAGGGCAAAAUUUAUAGCUGCGGAAGAAACCACAGGUGUGACCUUUGAAGAUUUUGCUGGUCAGGAAUAUAUUAAAAGGGAGCUACAAGAGAUUGUUCGAAUACUAAAAAACGAUGAAGAGUUUCAAAAUAAAGGUAUAUAUUGUCCUAAAGGUGUGCUCCUCCAUGGUCCACCUGGAACUGGUAAAACCCUUCUUGCAAAAGCUAUUGCUGGCGAAGCAGGACUUCCUUUUUUUGCAGCUAAUGGCACUGAUUUUGUAGAGAUGUUUGUUGGUGUUGCAGCAUCUCGUGUUAAGGAUCUUUUUGCUAAUGCCAGAUCAUACGCUCCUUCUAUUAUUUUUAUCGACGAGAUAGAUGCUAUUGGCAGCAAACGUGGCGGACCUGAUAUUGGCGGGGGUGGUGCAGAGAGAGAACAAGGUUUGCUUCAAAUACUAACUGAGAUGGAUGGUUUCAAAGAAGCAACAUCACAAGUGCUAAUUAUCGGUGCAACAAAUAGAUUAGAUAUUCUUGAUCCUGCACUACUCAGAAAAGGUCGCUUUGACAAGAUCAUUCGAGUUGGUUUGCCAUCUAAAGAUGGUAGAUUAGCUAUUUUGAAGGUACAUGCCAGAAAUAAAUUCUUUCGUUCGGAGGAAGAGAAGGCUGGUCUACUGCAGGAAAUUGCAGAGCUCACUGAAGAUUUUACUGGUGCAGAACUGCAGAAUAUACUGAACGAAGCAGGUAUACUUACUGCCAGGAAAGACUCAGACUUCAUAGGACGGGAAGAACUCCUGGAAGCCUUGAAGAGGCAAAAAGGAACUUUUGAAACUGGACAAGAAGAUAGUGCUGAAGUUCCUGAAGAACUUAAAUUGAGACUGGCAUACCGAGAAGCAGCCGUUGCGGUUCUUGCAUGCUACUUUCCAGAUCCCCACCGUCCUUUUACUGAGACAGAUAUUAAUUCCAUCCGAAGUCAGCCAAAUAUGCGGUAUAAGGAGAUGCCAGGCAGGGUUUUCAAAAGGAAAGAAGAUUAUGUUAACUCUAUAGUGCGUGCAUGUGCUCCAAGAGUAAUUGAAGAGGAGAUGUUUGGAGUUGACAAUUUGUGCUGGAUGUCCUCAAAGGCUACACUAGAAGCUUCAAGGCUUGUUGAGUUUUUAAUACUGCAGACAGGGUUAACAGCUUUUGGGAAGGCAUAUUACAGAACCCAAAGUGAUCUUGUGCCAAAUCUUGCUGCGAAGCUUGAAGCGCUCAGAGAUGAGUACAUGCGUUUUGCUGUGGAGAAAUCUUCUUCUGUAUUGAAGGAAUACCAUUCUGCGGUGGAGACAAUCACAGAUAUAUUACUUGAAGAUGGUGAGAUUAAUGCUGAUGAAAUUUGGAACAUAUACACAACUGCUCCUCGAUUUUCUCAGCCUGCUGUGAGACCUGUUGAUGAAUAUGGGGCCCUGAUAUAUGCUGGGCGAUGGGGAAUCCAUGGUGUCUCGCUUCCUGGGAGGAUAACCUUUUCACCUGGUAAUUCAGGGUUUGCUACUUUUGGUGCACCCCGUCCGAUGGAGACCCAAGUCAUUAGUGAUGAGACUUGGAAGCUCAUAGAUGGAAUAUGGGACAAGAGGGUUGAGGAAAUAAAAGCCGAAGCUUCAAUUGAAGUUGAAGAAGAAAAGGAGACUCCUCAACUUUUGAUGGGUAGUCAUUUUGUUUAGACGGGACAUGAAGAUUAGAUGGCUAACUUGUACAUUAGUAAGAGUUGCAUUACACAAUUUCGGCCAUAUAAAGUUUAAAUCUAUACCAAUAGAUAAAGAAAUUACAUUCUGUUGUAUGAUUUUGUAAUGCAUAGAGCAGCCCGUUGUAAUUAAUAUGGUACCAAUCUUUUCUGGUUGGUGAUUCUGGUACGACAAAUCGUACCAGAUUCACUGAGGACCUACAGUUCCAUUGUUGUAUUUCAAGAUUGAUGAGUAGAAGUUGGAAAAAUUUAUGAGAUUGCAAUAGUAUUGACUAGUGCUGUUCAUAAAAA